AUGGAGGCAGCCAUAGCCGAGCGCGUGGAGCAGUUCCUGGCCGCGGUAGCCGCAGAGGACGGGGGGCCCCCGGCGGGGGCCCCCAAUGGAACCAGUGGAGUGGAUGUUUACCAGGAGCUCACAGAGCUUAUUCUGGACGGCCGCAGCAUCCGCGGAAUCACCCCGGAGGAUGCAGCAGCCCUCAAAAAGUUCCACAAUUUGACUAAGCUCACUCUCAACCAAACCGGCUUGGCUUCCCUCGCCAACCUCCCGUGCAUGUCCAGCGUUCGAACCUUGGAAGCCACGGAUAACCACAUCUCGUCGUGCCUCAAGCUCUUAGUGGAUGCGUUUCCAAACCUUAGAAAGCUGCAACUGGGCGGAAAUCAUAUCAAAACCUUUGAAGACCUCGAGCCGUUGGUGGGGUCCAUCGCAGGCAGUCCCAAGAGCAGCCACAGAUUUCCUGCCUUUUCUAGUAAUUUACAGGCGCGCCUCUCACAGCUGGAGCAGUUGGGCCUGGAUCUGAACCCGGUUGCUUCGUUGGCUAAUUACAGGGAAAAGGUUUUCUCUAUUGUGCCUUCUCUGGUAGUUCUGGACUCACGGGACAGACAGGGGGAGGAGCGGGAGGCAGCAGAUUCUGACUCCGAGGAGGAGGAAGAUGACGAAGGUGAAGAGGUGGACACCACACUCAAAGAUUUCUAUGAGGCCGAGAUGCCUGAGCAGGAUGCAGAAGACGCAGAGGAUUUUGAGCCCCCCUGCGACGCAGAGGAUGAUGAAGAUAUCGAUGAAGAGGACGAAGGUUAG